GUGAAAUUUCUCGAUACGUGGCUGGUUGACGUCUAGUGUUUCGCUACGUUCUCUCACGCAAGCUAGCAUUUACCAUUGCAUUGGGUGCUUCAACGCAGUUUUCUAACUGGAACUCUGUUAAAUCUAAUUACUCAAUAAAAAAUGGAUCAGAUCGCUAAAUUCGUGGAGCCUGGCAAGCAGUUCGCUAAGGAUUCUCUCAGACUGGUCAGGAGAUGCACUAAGCCAGACAGGAAAGAAUUCCAAAAGAUUGCCAUCGCGACAGCCAUCGGUUUCUGCAUCAUGGGCUUCAUCGGUUUCUUCGUGAAGCUCAUACACAUCCCCAUCAACAACAUCAUCGUCGGAUCAUAAACUCUUAGCUUUAGUUUAGACAUAAUUCUCAUUUGGAGGUGGGCUGUACUUAUUCAGGGGUACAAGUCAGUCUAAGGAGGGGACAGCCAUAUUACGUAUAAUGUAUGCCCCUCUUUCUCUCCGCUAAUCCUUUCAUAAAAUGAACUGGCUCAAGAGCAUUUCAUUCAUAAAAUGAAAUGCUCUUAGGUGGACUCUCUAAAUUCAUCUGAAAUGUUGACUGCUCAAAUUUGUUAGCAGUCUGUUCGGCAGAUGUCAACAGUGUGAAUACUCCUUAAAAAUCAUGUAUAUUGUUGUUUUUGACACUUAAAUCAAACUAUUAGAAAGUUACAAUUAUUUAAAAUCAUGAACAUUGUUCAAGGCAGCAUUAAAAUAUAAUUAAACGUCAAUUAGACUGAGUACUGUCAACCUCCCCUCUUACAUUAAGGCCCGGACACUAAGUUAAAGCAUCCCAUUAAUUUCAUUUUAUAUUUUAAAUUGAAUGAAUAAAUUAUUCAAAUUAU